UUGGCAAAGCGUAUUGUUUUCGUCUAAUAAAACGGAGGAGGAGAAGGACAUAUUUUACUCAACUCUCUCCUAGUCAUGGUUGUGUGCUCUCUUUCGUGUUUGAAAUUUGGGCGUUUCUCGUACUCUUUAAUUUAAUGUAUUUCUUUCAUUUUUAAGCAUUUAAAUGGAAAUAUUAUCAAACAUAAACACUUGGUUUUGGAAUGACUACGUUUGGUUACCUCCAAAUGUUACAUGGGAUGAUAUUCGCGAUACCGGCACAGUAAAGUACGCGCAAUUUAGUGACCUGAAUUAUGCAUUUAAUGUAGCUAUAGCUCUUCUGAUCAUUCGAUACAUUCUUGAAAAAUCUAUCUUUGCUCCCAUUGGUUGUUAUCUUGGACUCAAACCAAAAACCUAUAAAUUGCGUGAUAAUCCAGUACUUGAAAAAGCUUACAAAGAAAAUGGAAAGCUAGAACCUAAACAAUUACAAGGUUUAGCCAAACAAACAGAUUUGAGUGAGAGAGAAAUUCAGCGAUGGUUUCGUAAAAGAGUCUCUCGCAAUAAACCAUCCACCCUCAAUAAGUUCACAGAGAGCGCAUGGCGAUUUACUUUUUACCUAGGUGCUUUUUCAUAUGGGCUAUAUGCCUUAUGGGAUAAACCAUGGCUUUUAGACACAAAUUUUUGCUGGUAUGAUUACCCUCAUCAUAGUAUGACAAAUGAUAUUUGGUGGUACUACAUGCUUGAGUUAGGUUUCUAUUGGUCUCUAACUUUUUCCCAGUUUUUGGAUACCAAGAGAAAGGAUUUCAUGCAAAUGUUUGUCCAUCAUAUUGUUACUAUAUUGUUGUUGACUUUUUCAUGGACAUCAAAUUUGUUCCGUGUCGGCAGCUUAGUACUCGUAAUCCACGAUUUUGCUGAUGUUCCUCUUGAAGCUGCAAAGAUGGCAAAGUAUGUUGAGAACCAACGUGUGGCAGAUGCCAGUUUUGCAGUUUUUACAGUGGCCUGGAUCAUUUCAAGACUUGGCCUUUAUCCUUACAGAAUAAUCUACAGUACAAUGUAUCAAGCUUUGUUGAUUGUACCCAUGUUUCCUGCAUAUUAUGUUUUUAAUACAUUGUUAUGCGCCUUGCAAGUUUUACACAUUGUUUGGACUUGGAUGAUCGUAAAAAUUGCCUUGAGAGCUGUCUCUGCUACCAAUCCGGGUGUGAAAGAUUUGCGCAGUGAUAGUGAAGAGAGCUGCGAAAGUAGCAGUGAAAAUGAAGCCAAAGACAGAUCUAGUCAGGAUGGUAACUGCUCUCUGCCUUCUCGGACAUCAUGAUUUAACAUUCAUUGCAUUCCACUGUUGGGUAAAUAAAGCCUAAAGGGGUUAUUCCAAAGAAAUUUUUUUUUCAGUAUUUUUUGCGCUUAUUUUUUUAAAGAAUUUUUUCUUUUGCUUUAUCAGUCAGGGACACAUAUAUUAGCUUUUUUUAGUACAUGUGGAAAUACUCUGCUUCUACUUUUUUUAAGAUUAGUUGCAUGAUUACUUGUGCUCUUAUUUCGCAUCUGUGUUUUUCAGGAUGAAGUGAGAUAAAGCUAACUGUUAUUGACUUGUUAUUGACUCGUAUCUGUUAAUAGGUAGCUGGAUCCGAGUACCGUAACGUCUUCACUGUAACUCAUGGUGAAAAGUAAUUCUUUAAAAUAUUGGUACUCAAUUUUUUACUACUCUCCUUUUUAAAUGUUAUGCUGCCUCAUUUUCAUAAUGACCUUGUUAUGCGAGUCGCAAAAUUAAUUGGACAUUAUCGAUUGACUUUUGUUUACAAAUCUAUUAGGUUAAAUUUUUUCUAAUUAAACUCAUGUUAUUUGAGACUGAAAACGUCUUAACUGAUUGUUCAACACAAUUAUAAAUAUCUUCUUUUCUAAGUUUAUUACUAGAAAAUGAGUUUUGAUCUUACAUCUGGCUUUUUCAUAUUGAUAUAGAGUUUUAAUAUCUUAAAAUUAUAAAAAUAUUUUCUUGUAAUGGAUUUAUGGGCAUUGGUGAAAAUUUGUUAGCUAUAUUUCUAAAUUUAACUGGUAAGCCAUUUAGUAAAUUCCUCAAGGUCUUUUAUUUUAGAUGCAUAACAUUUCAUGUGUUACAUGGUACUCGUUUUCAAUGCCUGUGUAAUUGAUAAGUAUAUUGUCUGUUAACGAUUGUGUGGGACUUUAAUUUUUUUUAGGAAAACUUUUGUGAUGUAAAGAAAGAUUUAUUUAUGUAGUUAUUUGAGCUUCAAGCUCUUCAUUUGGUUAUGAUUUUUAUUUUUGUGUUAUUUAGAGCGCUGUACUUAUUUACAUAUUGCAAAAAUUUAUUUAUUGCUACUUACAUUUGUGGUGAUGUAUCAUUCAAAAAACGAUAUAAGCAAUUAUUUGUAAAAAUUAUUUUUAUAUGUUUUGCAUUCCAUUAUAUUAAUUGUGGACCGUCCGCUUGCCAAAUGUCUGAUGUUAUAGCAUUAUGUAUAUGAUCUGUAAUAAUUUUAUGAAAUUAUAUGAAUUUUCCAAAACCGCACACACUGUUUGAGUUUUAAAAUAACAUUGAAUGCUUAAAGCAGUCUUAGUGUAGCUUAUUUUUUUAUUAUGUUUGAUAGUUUAUUUACAGUUUCAUGUCAAGAAAAUUGCUUUUGGAUAUUUGUAAAAUACACAUUAUUUGUAAAUUUUUCACUGAUUUCUAUGUUAAUUGUAAUGAAAGUUUUUUUGUGUUAAAGAUAUUUACUCACAAACAUUUCUUAAGGAUGCUCCGAUUGAUCUCAUUUUUGUUCUUCUUAUAAAAUAAUGUCCCCUUCAACAAUGUUCUUGUAAAUACUAUGGCAAUUAUUACUAUUGCUUCUUAACUUUGAAAAAUAAAUUUUUUCACGUCUCCACCUUUAAACAAUGCAUUAUUACAUUUUUAUACAUUUUUUUUUCCUUUUUAACUCUGUACAUAGAAUUUGAAAGACAAAGCUACAUUGCUAUUUCUUUCAUACCCUAUUGCACCGCCGCAGUAUUUAUGAGAAUAUUAUGCUGAAUUUCUUAAAUUGACUGUCAAUUUAUUUUUCACAGUGUGAUCACAUGCUCAUUAAUAUCACAACUUUUAUUCCCACACUUUUUUUCCUUUCUAUAAUUAAAUUAAAUUUUCAAUUAUAAAAUUUUUUACUGCCCUGCCCCCCUUUUUUUUGUUGAAAUAAAUCUGGUAAUUCUAUGUAUUGAUGAAGUAGGGAUCAUUGAUUUGUUUCUUUGUAUUGCAGACAGUUAAAAAUUCUUUUUUUCAGUAUGAAUCAUUUUCUUCUAUAAGGCACUUAAAAUAAUUGCUAUGUGUAAAGAGGAACUAAUUUACUUUUUGUACCCCUACUUUCUAAAAAAGAAGAUGAGCACAUUAUUGUGAAAUUAUGCUUAUCAACUGACUUUUAUUUCUAAACAAAAGAUUUCAUUUCAGGAUAUUUUUGAAAACCUCUCCCUUUUUUUAUUAACUUUUACAAAUUUUUUUUUUCCCAUUUGAAGAUUAAUUUUUAUUUCUUCACCCACAAGUUAGCAAAUUUAUUUAUUCAGUAAUUAAAUUCAAAGAAAUUUAUUGGUGCAUUUCGUAAACUUUAAUAAUUAUCUUUAUUCAAUUGAGAUGCAUUGGAAGAUUUUUGACUAUAGUAUAAAAAAGUAACUCCUGUAAUUUCAGUUAAAUAUUUUAUUUUAAUAUUAAUAUUGAUAUCUAUUAAUGAAAAAAGAAUAAUUACCACCCAUUGAAAAAUUUAGGCACAAGUUACGUCCUUUUUUUGUUGUUUUUUCAUCUGAAACAUCUAUAGAUCUGUCUGAUUGUCAUUUGUCUUUAGAUAAAGAACAAAUGUUUCUUGAUUUCCCAUAAAAAAAUGAAUAUUUUUACGUUGGUGUAAAUUUUGAAAUUCUUUUAUGUGAGCGUGUUAUGAUAUUGGCUUUGUGUUAUACAAAUGUUAUAUAUGCUUUGAGUUGGUGUAUAAGUCAGGGAAUUUAAUACUUAUGAAUUAUUUUUUCAUACAUUUAGAUUUAUUAUUUUGUAUAUUUUCUUUUUGUGAUUCUAAUAUUUGCUGAAGUUAUUUUGAGCUUGUUAUUGUUAGAGCUUGUUCUAAGGUUUGAAAAUAGUUUCUGGUUUUCUUUGUAUUAAUUCAUUCAACAUUAACUGUUGACCCAUUCAUGGUUGGGUUAAUUGUAAUAAUGUUGAUUAUGUCAUCUGCAUUUCUCUAGUUUAAUCUUUUUUUGUCCUUAAAGCAACUUUUUCCAUAGUUAUCAAAAUUAUAUUUUUACAAUGAAAAGUUCAGCAAUACAGUUAACUUUUGGUAUAUCAUGCUUAAUAUUUUAGAUAAUCAUAUUUAAACAAAUGCAGUAAUAUUGUGAGAAAAAGUAAUUUACAUUUCUCUCUUAAUAUAACAUUGAUUUUAAAAUUUGAUGUAAUAAAACUAAUCAAGCUCAAAAAAUUUACAAAUUUUUGCAAAUGCUUUUUAUUAAGUUUUGAGUUUAAAUUUUUUUGUAUCUAUUUAAUGUAAAAACCUAAAAGAAUAUUUUUUGUUAUUAUAAAAGAAUAUAUUUAUUUUCAUUUCACAAUCUCUUAUCUGAUGUAUUUGAACUUGCAAUGUAUAUUUGAACUGCUUUUAUGUGCUUUUUGUAGAUUUAAUGGCUUUAAAAUGGGUGUUUUUAUUAAGCUGACCCAGUCAACCAAAUUCAUUUAAACUUUUUUUAAUGUUUUUCUGUGAUAUGACAGUUCUAAAUUAUAAAAGCUUUUUAUUUACGAUUAAAACUAAUCUUUAUUGAAAACUUGGUAUAAGUGUUGUGUGUUAAAAGAUAUGAAAAUAGAUAAAUUUAUGUCCAUAAAAAGGCAGCUUUACAUUUACUGGUUUUUUUAUUUAUCUUUUACUCUAUAAAUUUAGGAAAUGCAUUACUUUUUUUUAUUUAAAAUCUGCACAAUAGAGCUGAAAGAUGUCAUAGUUUUAGUGUUAUAUAGCAUCAGGAAAUAUGAAACACAUCACUGAUUUUUCAAAAUUUCACUAUAUAAAGUGCCCCUUAAGCCUGGAACCACCCUCCCAACUUUUUAAUGUCUAGGUAUAGUAAAGUGGCUAUACACUAUUUGAAAAGACUUUACAGCAUCACCUGGUGGAAAACUGAAGAAUUAGAAAUCUCCAAAACUGUACUAGAUAGGAAAAAGAUGAAUUAUAAAGUAAGGUAGUAUCAGCUUUGUAGUAUCGACUUGAUAACAUCUAUUUUGCAAAACUUUAGUAGACAACAAAAGAAAACUUAGAACUCUCCUUUAUUUGUUCUAGAUUUCCUAGACGAAGAGAUUUUAGACAGAAAAUAACUAGUUACCGUAUGCCUCUAUUUUUCAUACAAACCAUAAAACAAAUAAGAGUAGGCAUUUUUUAAUCAAAAGAUUUUUUUUUUGCUUUCAAAAAUUUAGAUAUUUAAUGGUGUAGGGAGGGAAGAAAAAACAAAUGUUUGAUUUAAGUGUUCUUUUUUCUUGUUGCCACUAACUGUUUAUUUGUACUAAAUAAAUGAUGUCAUGAGCCUUAGUACUCUACUUUUUCUUCCCAUCUAUUUUAAGGAUGGUUGAUUUUCUGUUCAGUUUUCCACCAGAUGGUGCUGCAUGGCAUUUUUUUAAAGUAGGUUUAUAGCCUUUUUGCUUAACCUAAACAUUACUUUUAUAGCUAGAGCUUAAGCUGGCAGUUAGGGUGGUUCAAGUUUUUAUUGACAUCUUCUCUGUUGCAAAAUAGUUAGUCAUUGUUGAAGAAAAUAGCACCCAAAUUUACUAACUAUUGAUACAUAUAUAUAUAUAAAAAAAAAAGGACUUACAUUUAUUUAGUUUGAGAUUUCCUUCCCUUUCAUUUUUUUAGUUUUGUAGCAAUUCAAGGAACACAAAUAUUUCAAAUCUAGUGAAAUGAUCUGUUCAAAACAUAGUGUCUCUGUAUGCAUUCAAUGUAUAUACAAGAGAUCCGGACUAUGUAAAUUAUUAGAAAUUUGUCUAGACUAUUAUAAGUAGCUCGUAAAAAUUCAUUUGAGUAAUUAGCUUUAUAUCUUAGGGGGAAAAAAGCCAUUAGCCAUAUAAACGCUUGAAAAACGAGCGGUAAAAAAUUAGAAUUAUGCAUAUUACUCAGAUUUAAUUGCUAACUUACCUUUGAAAUUUAACUUUCUCACUAUGCUAAUAAAAUCAUAUAGUUUUUGAGUAGGUUCAAACACUCAUUAUGUAAGAUUAGAGUUGGGUGAAUAAUAAGUAUGUAAAUAGCGAAAAAAAAAAUUUUUUUUUAAUGCAAUUUUGUGAAGGCAUUCAUUUCAAAAGAAUUACAGAAACAUUUUUCAUAUUUAGCCCAGUAUAUAAUUCCAUGACUGAGAUAAUUAUAUUUGAUUGUCGCGUAUGACUAAGAUAAUUAUAUUUGUGUGUCCAGUUUAUGGAAUUUUGAGUCAAUUCAAAUUUAAACAUACUUGAUCUGCAAUAUAGUUUAAUACUUUGACAAUAAAUUAAACUUUUUUUUUAAUACGAUAAAAGAAAAGCUGUUAAUGUUAUUUUGUGAAUGUUUAAGAAGAUAAAUUCACCUUUUCCAAAUUUUUCUUGCUAACACUAUAAAAAUUAUCGAAGAACAAAUACAAUUAAAAUCUUUCCUUUUCUUAAAAAAAAUAAAUAAAAAUGAUUUUAUUCAUUUUGCGGUAUUGUUACAGGUAACUACAAACAAACUUAUUUAUAAUGAGACAAAGACCUAAGGAAUUUUUUUUUUGUUUGUUAAACUCAAACCUAUUGAAAAUUUUAAAAUCAUGUGACAAAGAAUGGACCAGAGAGUAAAUAAAUGUUUUUAUAAUGAAUGAACAAAAUGCAGUUCUGGAAUGUAAUUCUGAAACAUAUUCUUAAAUUCAGAACUAAAUUUAAAUUUUAUGGUUUUCUCAUUAUUUAGAGUUAAGGGGUAUGGCAACUUCAUCCUUAAAGUGGCUAAUUCAUUCAUUUUUGUGGUAAUCCUUGCAUGAGCAUUGGACUUCACCUAAUGAUGAGAUAGGUAAUUUACUGUUUAUUUUCGUUACAUGAUAGAAUUUGCAGCAAAUCAGAUUAAGGAGAGCUUUUUAAACCUUUCCUCAAAGAGAUUACCAGAAAUGAUCUGAACUUAUUUUCAGCUAACAGGAAGCUUCUUGAAAUCUAGCACUGCCAAAUCUAAGUUAUGCGUGACAAAAAAAUAAAACAGCUUCAUGUGAGUGCUCUGGUUGUAAAACUAUUCUGAUUUUUUUUACUCUUAACAUGAACAAAUGUUUCUAUAUCAGAAUUUAUUUUUGCGAUUUACUUACUCUUAAUAGAGAUACACAGUGCAGUAACUAAAGUCAUUUUUACUUCCUGAAACGCAGAAUAUAAACUAUUAUUUGACUAUAACAGUGUCUGUCUGAAAACAGACGUUAUUUUAACUUCCUGAAAUACAUAACAUAAAUUAUUUGCCUAACUGUUUUUACUGCCUUAAAGAAACAUAAUUUGUCCGCAACAGGGAUUUUAAAAAUUUUUGCUUUAACUGAUCCUUAAAUAGAGUACUUUAAAGUCUCAUAAUCUAGUAUGAAAAAAAAAAGCCACAACUUGAUAUGUUUGUUACCAGCAGAGUUAGAAGUGUUUCUGAAGAAGAAAAAAAAAACUCAGUUUAUUUUUUAAAAGAGGGUGCAACUCUGAAUCGCUUAAAUAAAAAGAAGUCAGUAAGUUUUGCAACUGGAAGACUCUUAUAUUCUUAGCAUUUAAUCAACCAAUUUUUAAAUAUUUUCUCUUUCUACACCUAAAUUAAGUCAGGUCCCAUAAUAGAGUGCAAUAUGCCAUUCACUAUGGCACAUUGAACUAGAUAUUGAUUUAUAUCUAAAAUUUUUAUGAAGUACCUGGUUAAUAUCUUAUAUACCUUUUGCUGUUACAACAGCUUUUUAGCAUGCAAGACGUUAAUAGGAUAAAAAGGAAUUCGUUUUUUUUCCUCUCUCCUAUUUCAUUUUAAAUAGUUUCUAAAUUUAGGUUCAUCAUUCAGUGCCUUCUAACACAACACUAUCGUGUGUUCGGACUUAUAGCUUAUUCUUCUACAUAGAUGCCUAAAAAGUUGAUAUUUGUUAAGAAAUUUAAAAAUGAAAUGAUUUGUUUUUAUUAUAAAAAAAAUUGUGUUUAUAGAAUUGAAAAAUAUAUAUAUAGAUGCGUGUAUAAGUGACUCAUAGCAUUACUUGUUCUGAAACGGGUGUUAUGUUUUUAGUGAUUCAAUAGCCAUGUUUCAACCAAGCCUUUUCUAGUGUCUUUGAAAUUUUACGAAAGUGUCAUGUCUUGAAAUAACACGAUUGAGCAUGUCAGCUCACUUCAGAAACUAAAAAGUAUUUUAUCUUGUGCUUCUGUUUAAAAAUUUAUGAAGCUGGUUGUGUUUGUGCUUAAAGUGCUGUUUAUAUAGUCGUGAGCCUCAUUGUUGUAGUUCUCAUUGUGUAUAAAACGUUUCAUUUAAAUUAUUUCCUUCGGGUUUCGUUUGUUUUUUUUAUUUAGCAGGAUAAAAUUUAUCUUUAAAAAAUUCUGAUAUUUUUAAAAUUGUUUACUGUUGAAAAAUAAAAGCUGACAUUUUUAUCGCUUUCGAAUUACUUUUGUGUUUGAAAUCGAGACUUUUUGAGUAAAUUAAUAUACCUCUGUAAAAGUAAGCACUAACCAGGAAUGCCAACUUAUUACGGGUUUUAACAUAGUUUUUUUUAUUGUAUCUAUUUAUUCCCUUACCCUAUUAAUUUGCUCAUUUUUAAAAGCAAUAAAAUUGAAGCGAAACAAAUCUUUCAAUUAAAUGAGAAGACCAAUAAUUAUUUUAUUAGCCAAUAAAAAUAAGUGAGCGUAUUAAAAAAAAUUCAUACCUUGUAAAUGCAUGAAUUAUUAAAUCUUUAUUUUUGUCCCAAGUGUUUUUCAUUCUAACACUUCCUUAUUUUAAGAAAUGUGGAACCUAUUACAUACUUUCUUUUUUUAAAAAAAAUACAGUUCGUUAUAUUUGAAGUUAUGCUUUAACAUCCUUAAUUAAAGAUUAGAUUUCAAUCACAAACAGUCCUUAUAAUGUGUUAUUUCAUAUGAAUAUGCAUCAAUUACGAUGCAUUUUAUAUUUAUAAUAAUUUAUUGUAAGGUUUCAAUUUUUAGCUAAAAACAUUUUUUAAAAAAUAUUUGCCAAACUUUUAAAUGCGUUAUUACUCUAUAAAUAAAUAAAGUUAGAAAUUGUAAUUCUUGUAAUGUUUAUAGCAGUACAAAGUGUAACAUAAACUUAAAGAUGCAUCCACUAAAAUAAGUGAAAAAAGAAAAGCUGCCAGUCAUACAGCAUUAAUGUGCUUUUCAGAUAUAUUUUCCGUGGAAGUUCAUUAGAUAAGGUGCUCUCGUUUUAUAUUUUAUUUUUCAAUGGUCUUAAAAUUUCAAUUUUAUUUAACAGUCAGGUUUCAAACCUGUAUAUUUUCGUUAAGAUUUCUACGAAUGUUUUCUAAACAUAGGUCACAAUUCAAAUUCCUCAAAAUAAUUGUUCAUAUUUUUUUAUUCUAGUGAAUUUCAUUUGUAUUGUUCUUUCUUAUUUAUUUCAAUGAUUUAAAUAAAAAAAAAGUAUCAGAUUUAAAAAUUGUGAUGUCAUAAAUAUGUACUAGAUCGUUCAAAAAGUAUAAAGUCAAACAUCUAAAAGUAUAAAUAAUUAGGAGCACUUUAGAACACACCCUAAUUAUAAUCAGUUCGUUAAAAGUCAAUGAAACGAAAUGAGAUAAAAACAUGACCUGUUACAAGUUGGCAUUUCUGUGUAAUUAAUUCCACUUUGCUACAACUCACCUUGUGGGUCACUUCUUUAUUGCAUAUUUUCUUGGGAACUUCUUUAAUAAAAGGUGCAACUCAUCUAGUCCUGUUACGGCUCCUGUGUAUAUGUAUUUGAAACAGUAAUAAAAGAUUUUGAUUUCUA